GUCGUACUCGUAUGACCCCAGGUUACAAUGGGUGUGGUCGCCGGAUGUAAUGUUGAGUGCGGGGCAAGAGGAUAGAGUUGCUGGACCCACUCAUCAGGUAAUUUUCGCCGCUCUCUCCCAUCGCCGAGGUGUACUUGUGGAGGUGUCUGCGGGGUUUUCCGAAUCUCAAAUCUAAAGCAGAAGUCUCUCUUUUGGGUGUGGACUUAAGUUCAUGAAGGAAUUCGAGUAUGUACCUGGAAACCUUGGUUCCAAUAUUGGUCGUGUGCUCACUGACUGCUUCGAAUCCGAUUGGCGGAGAUUGCUCACGAUCAGCUGAAGACUACCCUCGCAAAGAAUUUUUCCCUUCCUGGUGGACUCUGAAUAAUAGAAACAACUGGAAGAGGGUGCACUUGGAGUUUCGUGAGGGUAAUCGAUCGCCAAUGAGUGGUAGGAAUUGCUACUCUUGGUGUCGUGACAUUCGUAAGACGUCCUAGCAUCAAGGAUCAAAGGCGUGGUGAUUUCUGCGUGGGAUGGAGGGGCAAAUGCAAAAUGGCAAAUUCUCCGGAAUAUCUUCUCCUUGGGUUUUGUUGAGUCGUGAUAU